AUCUUCUGUUUGGGGUGCUUUAACAGGAUGAGCUGAUAGGGUGCCCAGACCGCUCGGAGUUACGUAACCCAUUGUGCUUCCAGGGCGGCUCAGAGUCUUAGGAUUUGCCCCAACAAGCAGCUCAGAAAACUGCUGAGGGAGGCAGGGAGGGGGCUGCCCUGCUCUGCCCGGGCCCGGCUCGCAUGGACGAUCGCUGCUUCCUCUGAACUGCCCUCGGAGUCCGCGGCUGCCCAUGGCAUUGGUUUUUCAGUUCGGGCAGCCCAUCGCGGCCCAGCCUCUGCCAGGACUCUGCCGGGGCAAGCUGGUCCCAGCAAGCUCGUGUGAUGUGUGCAACAGCACCGAUCUUCCGGAAGUCGAGAUCAUCAGCCUGCUGGAGGAGCAGCUGCCCCAUUAUAAGCUAAGAGCCGACACCAUCUACGGUUAUGACCACGACGACUGGCUCCACACACCCCUCAUUUCUCCAGAUGCCAACAUCGACCUCACUACCGAGCAAAUCGAAGAGACGCUGAAAUACUUCCUUUUAUGCGCUGAAAGAGUUGGCCAGAUGACCAAGACGUAUAAUGACAUAGAUGCGGUAACUCGGCUUCUCGAAGAGAAAGAGCGGGAUUUGGAAUUGGCUGCUAGGAUUGGCCAGUCGUUGUUGAAGAAGAACAAGACCCUAACCGAGAGGAACGAACUGCUGGAGGAGCAAGUGGAACACAUCAGGGAGGAGGUGUCUCAGCUCCGCCAUGAGCUGUCCAUGAAGGAUGAGCUGCUUCAGUUCUAUACCAGCGCCGCGGAGGAGAGCGAGCCUGAGUCCGUUUGCUCAACACCGUUGAAGAGGAACGAGUCGUCCUCCUCAGUCCAGAAUUACUUUCAUUUGGAUUCGCUUCAGAAGAAGCUGAAGGACCUUGAAGAGGAGAACGUUGUACUUCGAUCCGAGGCCUGCCAGCUGAAGACAGAGACCAUCACCUAUGAAGAGAAGGAGCAGCAGCUGGUCAACGACUGCGUGAAGGAGCUGAGGGAUGCCAACGUCCAGAUUGCCAGCAUUUCAGAGGAGCUGGCCAAGAAGACCGAAGAUGCCGCUCGCCAGCAGGAGGAGAUCACACACCUGCUGUCGCAGAUCGUCGACUUACAGAAAAAGGCGAAAGCUUGCGCUGUGGAAAACGAAGAACUCGUCCAGCAUCUGGGGGCGGCUAAGGAUGCCCAGCGGCAGCUCACGGCUGAGCUGCGUGAGCUGGAGGACAAGUAUGCGGAGUGCAUGGAGAUGCUCCACGAGGCGCAGGAGGAGCUGAAGAACCUGCGGAACAAGACCAUGCCCAACACCACGGCCCGCCGCUACCACUCGCUGGGCCUGUUCCCCAUGGACUCCCUGGCCGCGGAGAUCGAGGGAACGAUGCGGAAGGAGCUGCAGUUGGAAGAGGCCGAGUCUCCAGACAUCACUCACCAGAAGCGUAUCUUUGAGACCGUGAGAAACAUUAACCAAGUCGUCAAGCAGAGGUCCCUGACCCCGUCCCCCAUGAACAUCCCCGGCUCCAACCAGUCAUCGGCCAUGAACUCCCUCCUGUCCAGCUGCGUCAGCACCCCCCGCUCCAGCUUCUACGGCAGUGACGUGGGCAACGUCGUCCUCGACAACAAGACCAACAGCAUCAUCCUGGAAACAGAGGCGGCCGACCUGGGAAACGAGCGGAGUAAGAAGCCGGGGACGCCGGGCACCCCGGGCUCCCACGACCUGGAGACGGCGCUGCGGCGGCUGUCCCUCCGUGGGGAGAACUACCUGUCCGAGAGGAGGUUCUUUCAGCAGCCGCUCCUACCUGCCCGAGAAGCUGCAGAUCGUGAAGCCCCUGGAAGGCUCUGCUACACUUCACCACUGGCAGCAGUUGGCCCAGCCUCACCUGGGGGGCAUCCUGGACCCCCGGCCUGGUGUGGUGACCAAGGGCUUCCGGACUCUGGACGUAGACCUGGAUGAAGUGUACUGCCUUAACGACUUUGAAGAAGACGACACAGGUGACCACAUUUCUCUCCCGGGCCUAGCUACCUCCACGCCAGUGCAGCACCCAGAGACCUCAGCACACCACCCUGGGAAGUGCAUGUCCCAGACCAACUCCACCUUCACCUUCACCACCUGCCGCAUCCUGCAUCCUUCAGAUGAGCUCACGCGGGUCACACCAAGCCUUAACUCAGCCCCCACGCCAGCUUGUGGCAGCGCCAGCCACCUGAAAUCCACACCAGUGGCCACACCAUGCACUCCACGGAGACUGAGUCUGGCUGAAUCCUUCACUAACAUCCGUGAGUCCACGACCACCAUGAGCACAUCCCUGGGGCUGGUGUGGCUGCUGAAGGAGCGGGGCAUUUCUGCGGCUGUGUAUGACCCCCAGAGCUGGGACAGGGCCGGCCGGAGCUCCCUCCUCCACGCCUACACGCCCAGGAUGGCCGUCAUCCCGUCCACCCCGCCUAACUCACCUAUGCAGACGCCCACGUCCUCCCCGCCCUCCUUUGAGUUCAAGUGCACCAGCCCUCCCUACGACAACUUCCUGGCUUCCAAGCCGGCCAGCUCCAUCCUGAGGGAGGUGAGGGAGAAGAAGAACAUGCGGAGCAGCGAGAGCCAGACGGACGUGUCUGUCUGCAACCUCAACCUCGUGGACAAAGUCAGGAGGUUUGGGGUGGCCAAAGUGGUGGACUCGGGGCGAGCUCACAUCCCCACCUUGACUGAGGAUCAGGGACCUCUCCUCUGUGGGCCUCCAGGGCCGGCACAAACCCUUGUCCCCAGAGGUCCAGUACCCGAGGGCCUGCCUCUUGGAUGCCCCACGGUCACCAGUGCCAUUGGUGGUCUGCAGCUCAGCAGUGGCAUCCGGCGGAAUCGCAGCUUCCCCACCAUGGUGGGGUCCAGCAUGCAAAUGAAAGCCCCUGUGACUCUCACCUCGGGCAUCUUGAUGGGUGCUAAGCUCCCCAAACAAACUAGCUUACGGUGAGGACAGGGGCGUUGUCCUGGGGAGACCGGCGCACUCUCUUCCCCCUGCAGUGCACUCUCUCCCUCUUCUCUUCUCUGUCCACCCCCUCCUGAGCUAGAUAAAUCAACCUGGUGCCUACUGGGGUCGAUGGAAACUGUAAAAUGUGUACAUAGGACUUGGAGACCUCGUAUCUGCCCUGCCCUUUCUUCAGAUCCCACAGGAAGUGCCCAGUCCUGUCACCACUCUCGGGAGGACUUCACCUGGGCUCACCUGGGGGAAGGCGGCACCCUUUUCUUCGUUCCUUUUGAGAAGCACUGAAACUCCCAACGUGAGUUCUUAUCCCAUGGAUAGGAAACCGGUGAAUUCCGUGACUGACUGCCUGCGUUCCACACCGUAAGCUGUCAUGUGGCACGGGUCGUAAUGCAUCUGCCGCAUGGGUGUCUCCGGACACCUCGCCUCGCCAGCGCCUUCUGUGCGUAAGGAGCCUCCGUCCUCAGCCACCUGCAGUUGUCACAGUGUUUCAUGAUCGGAGAGCUUUUCUGUCGUGUAUGGGUGGCCUAGCUUCUCCGAGACCUGCAGUACAAUGCCUCAACGGACGAUCAUGUCUGUUUCACGUGUGAUUCUUUCUUUUCAUGCCUUCAACUUGAAGUCAUCCUGUUCUGUAAUCAGCUGUCAGGCCGAACGUCUGACCCGAAUGUAUUUACACUCCCGCUGUCCUGGUCAGCAACCCCUUCGUGUUCUGUGUGACCUGUUUUAUUUUUUCCAUUUUGUUUUUGUGUUUGCCUAUGCAGGGGUGUAAUGGUACUGGGAACCUAUGUUCUCUGUGGGGUUCUAUGACACCAAAACACAAAUGUCCAACACACCACGCCGCUAAGGAGAGAGCGGCUUAUUUCUGGGACCCAGUGUCAUAACCAAAUCGAUUUCAGACCAGACCCAAACAACUGUCACAAUAGGAUAAAAAGGAGAGGGAAUAUGAGGAAAGCUUCUUGAAGAGAUUUGUCAACGGUAAAAGUGAGGGGGGAGGCCUACAGCCAAAUGUAAGGCUAGACUGGCCCACGGAGAAGCAGGCUCAGGCUCUGAAACGCGGGCUGGGUCAGCGCGCUCUCGCCCAUGCAGCCGCUGUUGCAGC